GCCGCGCGCGGGUCUGGCCCGCGAGCCGCCCUCUCCCGCAGUGUCCGGCCCCCUGGCCUCUGCUCCCUUACCCCGGCUUCCCUGGGGCUCGCAUCUGGGGAGAACUGGAACGCUGCUCGGGUUCCGCUGGACCCUGCGUGUUGGGCUUUCGUGUUUAUCGCUUUUGACCUACCUUAAGUCAGUCCUUUCCAAGGCUACAAUUUAUUUCUGUUGGUCACACUUCUUAUUGCACUACCUAGGAAUAUUUUUAUAUUUAAAAAAAAAAACUGGACGACACUUAACUUGAUCUUGUGGCUGGCAUGGCCUAGAUGUUCUGAAUUUCCUUAAAGUCGUGUUGAUGACAGUACCGUUGACUGGUGUUACAUUUAUUGGAUUUUUUUUUUUUUUUUAAGCCUUCCACUCUUUGUUUUGUACUGGAGGUUUAACCCAGGGGCACUUUAGCAUUGAACUACAUCCCUAGUUUUCUAUCGUUUGUCUUUUUUUGUUUGUUUGUUUCUGUUGUUGCCAUUUGUUUUAAUGGAAACAGGAUCUCACCAAAUUGCUCAGGUUUUCCUGGAACUUGCCGAUCCUCCUGCCUCAGCCUCCCGGAGUCACUGAGAUUACAGGCGUUUGCCACCACACCCAUCUUCGGCCUCCCACUUUUAAUACUUCUGUCAUUCUGUGUCCUGUUAAUUAGAGUCAAUUCCACCCUCACCCCCACUACUGGGCAUUGAUCCUAGGGAUGCUGUACUACUGAGCUACAACCCCAGGCCUUUUUAAUUUUGAGACAGGGUCCCCCCAAAUUGCCCAGGCAGUCCUGCAGCUUGAAAUUCUCCUGCCUCAGCUUCCUGAGUAGCUGGGAUUACCUCCAUCUGCCAUUGUACCUGGGUGAAAUAUUAGGCUUCUGAUAUAGGUGUACUUAAUGAAGUUCUUAAAAGAUAAAUAAAUCCUCUUGACUUUAUAGGUAAAGAUAAAUCCAAGGAUUUGGCAGGGCUCCUUUUGCGUGUGUGGUGCACAGCAUGUGUGCGGUGCUGGGGAUGGAAUGUGGUCUCACAGAUGCCAGGCAAGCUUUCCUCCACGGAGCAACACCCACCUCCCAGCCCAUCCAGGUUGCUUCAUGGUAGAGCUCCCUAUGCACAGGCCCUGCCUUCCAUCCCUAGCACCAAAAGAAAAGAAAUUAAACCACUGUUGAGCUGAGCCUUGGGGAAGAAAGAGCUGUUCAGUGAGAUGAAACCCCUUUUUUUCUUAUGGUUAAAGAUUUGCAAAUGGCACCAGGGUGCAAGGAGAGGAAAGUCCCUUUCAGUAGGGGUGAUCCUUUUAGGCUUGUACAAGUGGUUGGUCCUUGAACCAGGCCUUGAAGCCUGGUUAGAAUUGGAAGAGAUUAAUGUAAAGCAUUUUGUUGGGGAAAAGCAGGAGCCAGAGGGGAGAGGCCUGAGCAAAGAGGCCCUUUGUAAAGUAGACAGUGCCCAGAACCUGCCUGCAGGUGCUUUUAGAAAUGAGGAUGAUGGAGCUACUAAAUCAGAAUUCUUAAUAGGGGGCCCCUGGGUUUCCAUAUUACUGAGCCAGAUAAUAAUAAAACUCCAGUUUUGUGGGGAUUCUGGGGGAGUGAAGUGUUUUGUUUUAUUGGGUUCUGGGAAUUGAACCCAGGGCCUCAGGCAUGCUAAACAGAUGACUGUUACAUGCUCCAAAGUUGGAAAAUUUAUACCCACAGGUAAGACAGGCUCUGGAGGAGCUAAAAGCUGUUCUGCCCUCCAGUCUUUUGUGGGGCGUGGUAAUGAGUCCCAACAGUUGGACCCAUUUGAUAAUGAGUUCCUUUCCUAAUUAUGCCUCUUGGCAAUUAUCAGUUACUGGGGAAAUGAACUGGGUGUGGCAUGAUGUGGGCCUGUAAUCCCAGCUACUUGGGGGCUGAGGCAGGGGGGAAUCUCAAGUUCAAGACCCGUGAGGCUGGGGACAUAGCUCAGUUGGUAGAGUGCUUGCCUCUCAUGCACAAGGUCCUGGGUUCAAUCCCCAGCACCACAAAAAAACAGUUCAAGACCACUGUCAGCAACUUUAGUGACUCCUUGUUAUGGGGGGAAAAAUGUGGGAGUGAUGUUGUUCAGUGGUAGAGCACCCUGGACGCUACCUCAAAAAAGUUACUGGGAAAAUGAGAUCAGUCCCUUUUAAGUUUCAAGUGCUAGGUUUUUCGGAUUUAAAGGGGAACUGGGAGAUGAUCUCAACGUUUUUCCUCAAGCCAAGACAGCAGCCCCCAUAAGGAGGCAGCUGCUGCCACAGUUACUGCACCAGCUGAGUUGCAGUGGGCGCUGUGUGGGAUGUCAGUGCUGGCCCCCAGAUCCCUCCUCAGAUAAUGAAGAGUUGGCUGGAUUACCGCUCACCGCUGGAACACAAUGCUUUUUUCUUGGUACAAUUUUAAAAGCAAAUACCAACUCUGUUGAGGAGGUGGCUUUAUUUAGGAGGUCCCUUGACUGUGAGUAAGCUGCUUAUGAGAGAGAAGAAAUGGGAAAGCUUGUAAUUAUCAAGCUUCUACAGACUAAAUGGCUUUCCUUGUGGGAGAACUAAGGUAUCAUUUUCCUGUUGCACUUGGUGGUAACAGUUUCAAUACAGUGAACUGUGGGGGGCUCUUGAGUUAAUAACCGUGGCUCUAGAACCAUCUUCAGCCCACUUACAUACAAACAUUUGCACAUUAUUGAACUUUGUUUGCUGACUCCUAAUGGUAGACGUCACCUGAAAAGGCAAAUGAGAUGAAAGAGUAUAUCCACAUUCUGCGUUGAACACCAGUACACUUAAAAGGCCAACUGUUACUUUGUACCACAUGGCUGAUUGCAACAGGAAUUGAGAAGACAAAUCAGUAGGGAAAUCUUUACUUUUGGAGGAAGGCAGGGUACUUUGGAAGGGAGUACCUGAAAGAAAGUGGUAGAUGAGGGGGCAGUGGGAAACCUCUUUGGAAAAGAGGUACUUCCAGAAUCAUCUGGGACACUUGUUAAAAUACGGAUUUCUGCUUCUGCACCUAUCUGCUUGGAUCAAUUUCCUGAGAAAACUGGCAAAUUGGUAUAUUUCACAAGUGUCCCAGGUGUUUCUGACAAGUUUGAGAAGCCAUGAAGAGGAUUCUGGAAGAGUGCUAAGAUGGUGAGUUUGGGGCCCGAGGCAGUUCAGCAGACCCCUAAGCAAGAGCAUUUACCCCCAAGACAGAAAGGAAGGAGUUGGCAAAUUCAUGCAGUUUGGUGAGAAGAACUUGAGGCUGACAUUGUCAUCGAGGUAGAUCCUUGGAUAAAUAUGAGCAAGGUUUGUCUGUUCUGUUCACUAAAGAGUGAGGCGAUUAUCUUCUGGUUUCUUGGAAGGAGGGGUAUGGAGAAGAAAGGAGACUCACAGCCUCAAUAUUUGUUGUUAGGAGUCCAAUGAGUAAUCAGACCUUAUAAAAGGGCCUUGAUAGUUAUUUUAAUAGUUAUUAUCAUACUUUAAUAAACAGAACUUUGGAGGGCAUUGUGCAUUGAUAUUGGUAAGCGAACUAGGACUAUUGUGAAAAGAGGAAUUAAGAUAUUUUGGAUUUGUUCUGCGAACCCUUGUCUCUGCCUAGUGUCAGAGUAACACCUGAAACCUAGUUGGAUUCAGAAUGCUGGGGACAUGGGCAGGAGGGCCUAGGGAAAGAAUGAUUUUUUUUUUCCUUCUGCUAUCAAACAAAUGUAAGGCCCAGAUCUUCUGAAUUUUAAUACCUGCAAGUAGAACCCGAACAUCUCAUUCUGACAUACAGCCCAGGUAGGCAGCACAGGUGCACCAGUGAGGACUCAUUUUGCUAAGUGUUUAGACUCCCGCCAUAAGUUUCUUUCUUUCUUUUUUUUUUUUUUAAUUUAGUACUAGGAAUUGAACUCAGGGGCACUCAACCACUGAACCACAUUCCCAACCCUAUUUUGUAUUUUCUUAAGAGACAGGGUCUCACUGAGUUGCUUAGUGUCUCACCGUUGCUGAGGCUGGCUUUGAACUCAUGAACCUCCUGCCUCAGCUUCCCGAGCCACUGGGAUUACAGGUGUGCGCCAUCAUACCUUCCAUGGAGGUGCUCUUUAGAUUAGUAAUCAAUAUUUGGUUGGGGAAAGAGAAGAAGGAAGUGGGAUUGGGCGAGCUUCUGCUGCCCAUCUGUGUCUGAGGUCUGCAAACGCACCGGGACUGUCAGUACCUGGUCCAGCACAGGCUACAAUGUGAGUUAUUUGACAAUUCUAAUAAUUCCUUGGAUAUAAUGUUUUUCUGUUUCCUUUUUAUGCUUUGUUUUUAUGGAUGUGAACUAUCAACGAGAGUCUGCUGCAUUUUAUUUGGAAAUAAUUUCAUGACUUGAUGUUUUUUAUUUUUUUCCAAAACUUACAGAAAAUUAACCCAAGCCAAUAAUGAAAAUCUUUUGCCUCCAAAGUGUAAAUAUCACUGUGAGAACUGUCUGUCUAUAGAAAUUUACAAGUUUUCUUAUCCUUGGUAUUCUAAAGUUUCACCUGUUGAGCAGGUGCAGUCUUUAGCACAGGGAACAUUCCAUUGUUUCUUGGACUGUUCUUAACCACUAUAUUGCCUCUUGUUCUUGAUCCCCUGUUAGACUGUUGGCCUUAUGGAGCUCUCCCCCAAGUCUCUUCAUGUUUUUAAUGCCUUUAUCUUUAUUUCAUGACAUUUUCUGAAAUUUCCUGUUUUGCAGUCAUUUUACAUUUCUAGAGAUUUUCUAGUUCUCCAGUAGCCCCCCUUUCAUGGAAAUCUGUUUUGUGUCUAUAAUAGGAGCUUUAAAUGCAAGUAGAUAUGUUUGCUUUUUUUCUCCUUCCACCUCUCCGAAGAGCAGUUUGUCAGCUGAGUGGGAAGAGGGUCUGGUGAGUUGGCAUCUGGCCUUCCCUGGAGAAUGUAUGAGGCAGCCUCCUGAGGACCUGACCUCUACCUUCCCUAAAGCAAGGAGGACUUCAUUCUGUGUCCCACGGUCUAACCUCUUGCCUUUUGAAAAACGGAGCUCGGUGCCAUGGCUCUUGCUUGUAUCCCAGCUACUCAGAGGCUGAGCCAGGAGGAUCUCAAGUUCAAAGCCAGCCUCAGCAACUUAGUGAGGCCUUAAGCAACUUAGCCAGACCCUGUCUCAAAAUUUAAAAAAUAAAUAAAUAAAAGGGUUGGGGAUGUGGCUCAGGGGUUAAGUGCCUCUGGGUUCAAUCCUUAGUACCAAAUAAAUAAAAAUUAAUAAAUAAAUAUGUGUAUAGAAAGGGCUGGGGGUGUGGCUCAGUGUUGGAGCGUCCCUGGGUCAGUCCCCAGGUGGUUGGUAGGUAGGUACCCUCAGGUCCACAGCAAGAUCUUGAUAUGGUCUGCUCUUGCAGGUUGCUUCAGCCUUGGAAGCCUUUCUGUGGCACACCGCCCACUUUCUCUGGCGCCUUCUGUUUCUACCCAGCAGCCAAAGCCAUCUUUCCCAGGCUCUUCCUGUGAGAGGGAAAGCUGUGGCCAGUGGCUGCUUCGGAUUUCAUUCUUGAAUGGACUGCCUUACAGCUGGCCCUCGGCCUCUCCUGCCCCCCUGUGGGCAGAUUUACCUUGAAGCCUCUCCAGGGCACCCUUGGAAGGGCCACCUUUGCCUUUGUUAGCUCCUGCAGUUCCCUCCACUGUGGUUCCUCUGAACUCAGACCUGUCCCUGUCUUCCUGGGACUCCUCCAAGUGUGUGGCUUCUUGACAGCAUCCUUCUUAUUUUCCAAUAUCACUGAUCUUUCUCUGUGUGGGGGUGGUGCUGGGCGUUCAACCCAGGGCCCCGUGCAUGCUGGGCUGGCACUCAAGCACCCUCCUGCUGAGCCUCAUCCCUAGCCCUUUUAUUAUUAUUAUUUUUUUAAUAUUUAUUUUUUGGUGUAGAUGGACAACACAAUGCCUUUAUUUUUAUGUGGUGCUGAGGAUCUAACCUGUGUCUACCACUAAGCCACAAUCCCAGCCCAUUCCUAGCCCUUUUAUUUUUUUUUUUUUGUAUUUUGAAACAGGGUGGCACUAGGUGGCUCAGGGCCUCACUAAGUUGCUGAGACUGGCCUUGAACUUAAUCCUGCCUCAGCCUCCCAGGUCACUCCCAUAACAGGCAUGCACCACUGUGCGGGACUCAGCUAUGUCUUCUUCAGAGGGUACUCUCUAUGAAGACUCGGCAAACACCUGUAAGAUGUAUGUGUCCACCACUAGGCAUUUUCUUUUCAAAUUAGUACAUUUGCCCUGAUUUCAUCUGUUCUGGGCAGGACAGAAACACUUUAGCUGUGAUUCUUAGCACAGGAUAUUCGCCUUUUGUCCUUUUUUUUUCACGGUACUGAGGUUGAACCCAGGGGCAUUCCACCUCUGAGUUACAUCCCCAGCCCUUGUUUGUCUUUAAUCUUAUUUUCAGACAGGAUCUCAUGAAGCUCCCAGGCUGGUCUUGAACUUGCCAUCCUCCUGCCUCAGCCUCCCAGGUGACUGGGACAACAGGUGUACGCCCCCAAUCCUGGCUGUGGCUUUGUUCUUUAAACAUAUUUGGCCAUAGGAACUUCAUUACUGAAAAGUCUUGGGAAGGAGAAAGACGUAUGUUUCAUUUCACUGUCAUUAGAUCAACAGACCCAAGGACGUAUUGAUUGUGUGUGAGCUGUUAGUUCCCAUACUAAUACUAAUACUUUGGGCUGGCACACUUUGGGUGGCACACGCCUGCAGUCUCAGCCACUCAGGAAGCUGAGGCAGGAGGAUCACAAGUUCAAGGCCAGCCUAGGUGACUUAGUGAGACCUGGUCUCAAAAUUAAAAAAAAUAAAAAUGGCUAGGAAUAUAUCUGAAUGGUAAAACACCCCUGGGUUCACCCCUAGUACUACAGAAACAAACACGAAAACCAAGUCCACACACAAAAACUUUCUAAGCAGAAAUGUAAAAGAAGAAUGUCUUCGGUUACUGGCAGCAAAAAACAGGUGUGGCCAUGUGCAGCAGCUCCUGGACUGGGUUUGGUGGACCCCUGACCUGGAGAGAACUAUGCUGUCAGCAGAAUACUGCUUCUGGCUUUCUUAACUAAAAAUGACCGUUUUCUUGGUAUCCCAGAUACUGACUAAUGCUAGUGAUGAAGGUCACUGGUGUUGGUCUGUGUUUUCUGGCCUGACUGUUCAGAGGAUUAUUCUGGAAAAGCCCAGCUUGAUGCAGCGGUUGGCUGCUGUCAGACCAGCUUUUCUUGGGGAGGGAUUUCCUUUUCCUCAGAGAUGUCCUUUAGGUGAGGCUGUCGCGACUGAAGGUAAAAGUUCAGCCUUUUCUGGAAAACACUGAGGCGUCCUUGUCUAGUCUGUGACUGACGCCUGGUAAGAAAGGUCUCUUGCCUUGUUGGGCCGUGUAUUUUUAGACACUCUGGGUAGAGUCAUGACCUUCAUUUGAUAUCUCCGGUAAUGCCAGGCGGGUCGUGACACUGCGUUGUACACUUUGUGCUGUACCAGCUGUGUGCUGUAAUGACAAUGACGUCUGACGGGUGGAGGAGGUGGAACUUGACCUCUGUCUAUUCCUGGCACGUAGGAUAGGCGGCUGUGUGUGCCCGGCUGCUCCCUCACAGGCAGGCGCCACACGGUUGGAGAUGAUGACAGGCAGCCAUCCGCGGUGCAGCGUGUUCCAUGGGAAACGGCACGAGCAGACUUUAUAGUGCUCUCGCCAAGACACUGAACAGCAGCGCUGCCUCUCAGCACCCAGAGUACUUGGUGUCACCUGACCCAGAACAUCUGGAGCCCAUUGAUCCUAAAGAGCUUCUCGAGGAGUGCAGGGCUGUCCUGCAUACUCGACCUCCCCGGUUCCAGAGGGACUUUGUGGAUCUGAGGACAGAUUGCCCCAGUAGCCACCCACCCAUUAGGGUCAUGCAAUGGAACAUCCUCGCCCAAGCACUUGGAGAGGGCAAGGACAACUUUGUACAAUGCCCUGUUGAAGCUCUCAAGUGGGAAGAGAGGAAGUGUCUCAUCCUGGAGGAAAUCCUCGCCUACCAGCCAGACAUACUAUGCCUGCAAGAGGUGGACCACUAUUUUGACACCUUCCAUCCGCUCCUCAGUCGACUGGGCUAUCAAGGCACCUUCUUCCCAAAGCCCUGGUCACCUUGUCUGGACGUUGAACACAACAAUGGACCAGAUGGCUGUGCCUUAUUUUUUCUCCAGAACCGAUUCAAGCUGGUCAACAGUGCCAAUAUCAGGCUGACGGCCAUGACGCUGAAAACCAACCAGGUGGCCAUUGCUCAGACCCUGGAGUGCAAAGAAUCAGGACGACAGUUCUGCAUCGCCGUCACCCACUUGAAAGCUCGCACUGGCUGGGAGCGGUUUCGGUCGGCCCAGGGCUGUGACCUUCUCCAGAACCUGCAGAACAUCACCCAAGGGGCCAAGAUUCCCCUGAUCGUCUGCGGGGACUUCAACGCGGAGCCCACCGAAGAGGUCUACAAGCACUUCGCGUCCUCCAGCCUCAACCUGAACAGCGCCUACAAGCUGCUGAGCGCCGACGGGCAGUCGGAGCCCCCGUACACCACCUGGAAGAUCCGGACCUCGGGCGAGUGCAGGCACACCCUGGAUUACAUCUGGUACUCGAGGCACGCGCUGAGCGUGCGCUCGGCGCUGGACCUGCUCACCGAGGAGCAGAUCGGGCCCAACCGGCUCCCCUCCUUCAACUACCCCUCCGACCACCUCUCUCUGGUGUGUGACUUCAGCUUUAACGAGGAACCCGACGCACUUCUAUGAAAGCUCAUCUGGCCUUUAAUCACAGGAGUCUUAACCAGGGAUGUUCCGGAAACUGAAUAGGAGAGGAAGUUGCCUGAGGAGGGUCCCCAGGCUCUGCUCCCUUCCUGCCUUUCCAGCAUGCCCUUGGGAAGAUCCCGUUAGUUCACGAAACUUUUCAAUGAAAACCUGUAGCAAAAAAGCUGUUUGCACUCCAGUUUCGGCUUCUCUGUCCUCCCUCCUGAGCAUUCCCUUUGGAUCUGUCAUUUAAGGGCAUUCAGCUGGGCUCGCUUGAAGCUUCUCAGUUUGCAAAUGCUUAGAAACUUGCGGGCUUGCUCGCCUCCUCCAUAGCGAACACUCAGUAUGUAGGAAAAUCUCGCUAGAGCGCGUUUCAAGUUAUUUAUUUGUGAGUUUUUCAAAUGUCAUCAAGAUAUGCAUGGCAAUAUUUAUUAUUUUUAUAUCUUCAUGUAAAACUAAAUUAUAGCAUCAUAAACGUUUUAGAACCGUGCAAGACACAAGUUAUAAGUAACUUAUAGUGAUUUUCUUCAAGCUUUAAAAUGUUCCCCUCUGGCCUAACAACGUGUACAGAGCAGCUGUUCAGCCUGGAGGGUGGGGAGGGUGUUAUCUAAGUCUGAAUAUGGGGACUGAUGCGCUCUUGACCAAUACUGCUCUCUCUGCCUCUAUGUUUCCCAUUGUGUUUCUUGAAGAAAUUCCAGUUAGUUUUCCAUUAUUUAAUCACUGCUGGGUAUUGUCCUUUUUCCAUUGGGAUAAUAGUCAUAUACAUUUGAAAGUUAGUCAGUAUCAUCAUUUUGUGUUGGAAUGUGCUUUAACCAUGAUUAUUUAGGAGCUGUUAUGUGGCCCUGGCUAAGAAAGCCAGGGGGACCUUCUUUUCACAGAUGUGAAGGCUAUUUUGUUUUGUAUUUGUUUUGGGUUCUUUGUUUUGUUUUUGGUACUGGCGAUUGAGCGCAAAUGUGCUUUACCACUGAGCUACAUCCCCAGCCCUUUUUCUUUUUUGUUUUGAGACAGAGUCUUUCUGAGUUGCCCAGGCUGGCCUCAAAAUUUGUGGUCCUCUUGCCUCAGCCUCCUGAGCUGCUAAGAUUACAGAGAUGGGAAACUUUAUAGAAAGCUUCUAAUUGGGCUGUCAUAGAAAUUUCCUAGGAAAGCCAGAUGACUGUGGUUUAAAACAUCUACGAAGAAGAAUGUAAGAAGUUAAAAAGAUAACCCACAAUUCUUAACCAUCAGAAAUAAAAGUGAUAAAGAUAACAGGUAAAGCCUCUUCCAAACAACAUAUCCCAUCAGGAGUAAACUGGUACAUAUUUUAUUGUAUGAGUUGUAAAUAUUUAAGAUUAAUAAAUGGCCUUUUAAAGCUUG